UCCACCUGCUCGUGUAAGUUUUCUUGUUCCCAUACUCAUAUGGCAGAAAAAGGUUCUCAGUGGACAAGAAGGUGUGGAAACGACGCCGUUGAAGAUAUUUUUGUUAAUGAGCCACCUCUAUUCUUUCUUUCUCAAGAACAACAUCAUAGGCUCAUGCCAUAUGAAGAUUCCAUUACCAACAAGUUUGUCACAUCAACACUUUACUCCGGUCCGCGAAUCCAAGAUAUCGCAAACGCUCUGGUCUUGGUUGAACCCCUGUCCCACCCAGUCCGGGAAAUCUCCAAAUCAACGGUUCCACGGUUGGAAAGAAGUACUUUGAACAAGGUGGAUAAGUACACUUUAAAGGUGAAGAAUAAUAGUAAUGGAAUGUGUGAUGAUGGAUACAAAUGGAGAAAAUAUGGCCAAAAAUCAAUCAAAAAUAGCCCUAACCCGAGGAGUUAUUACAAGUGCACAAACCCAAUAUGCAAUGCUAAGAAGCAAGUGGAGAGAUCAAUUGAUGAGCCUAACACAUAUAUCAUCACCUACGAAGGUUUCCACUUUCACUAUACUUACCCUUUCUUCCUACCCGAUAAGACACAUCAAUGGCCCAAUAAAAAAACGAAAAUACAUAAAUAUUAUGCUCAAGAGAUGAACAACGGAUCUCAAACCCAAGAAGAAAGCAAAGAAGCCCAAUUAGGUGAGCCCGCCAACCAAAAUCAGCCAGUCCAUAAGGCCCAAGAAAACACACCGGUAAAUCUCGAAGAUGAAUUGUUUUUCCCGGUUGAUCAGUGUCGACGGCAACAAGGGCUUUUAGAAGAUGUGGUGGCUCCAGCAAUGAAAAAUAUUCCGACUAAGGACAGUGUUUUGACAGCUUCUUGGUCUUCAUUAUCGUCUUAUACUUCAUCAUCCCUUUCUCCAUCUUCUUUAUGUUGGUCUCCCAAUUUUGACAUCGUUUUAAGUGAUGAAAUUCUUGAAUUAAUCGGGUCUCGGAAAUUCUAAGUAUUCAUGCUUUAUGAUGUUAUACUAAAUAUAUGUUUGUAUUCGGAAUAUUAUUGAUUUGUUAUAAUGUAAUGAUUAUCCAUCACAUUACUUUUCUGUUGAAUUUAGAAUUCACACAAUGAAUUUGUUAAUGAGAGAAAACAAAUUCAGAACACUCAUCACUUUAUUAGAUAUCUCGAUCAAAGACUCGAUUACUAAGGGGGUUCUAA